AAGAGAAACAUAAACAAAUUAAUGUGCAGUUAAGUUAGUGAUACUUAUCAGACUAUUUUACAGACCUUGCUUAGUCCCUAUAUAGAACUAAAUCAUAAAAAUUUCAAUCACCUUUCUGCACCGAGGACCGAAGCAUGGAGAGCAAAACUGAUCCUAGAUCAGCAUUUACGGAAAAUUUAUGCUCCAGCGAGAGGAGUUGCAGGAGAAAGCAUGGUGGGUAUCCGGUCAAAUACCAUCGAGGAAGAACUCGGGAGGCCAUUUUUAAUUCGGGAGAGUUGCUAUCAUAAGCUUCCCUCAGAGGACGAGCACGCAGAGUCGCCUCAAAGCCGAGGCCGUCUGACGAUUUGAGACCGUGCCAGUUCCGGUCGCCUUGGAUUGGGUGGUGUCAGUUUGGCGCAGUGUCAGCCCGCUUGGUUGGGAUGAUCGUCCAGCCCGCAUGAGUUCUACUAUGUGGUACAUAAUGCAGAGCAUCCAGAGUAAAUAUUCGCUGUCGGAGAGGCUCAUCCGCACCAUUGCCUUCAUUCGCUCUUUUCCGCACGACAAUGUAGAGGACCUUAUUCGAAAGGGUGCAGAUGUUAACCGAAUGCAUGGAACCCUGAAGCCCCUGCAUUGUGCCUGCAUGGUGGCCGAUGCUGACUGCGUGGAGCUGCUUCUAGAGAAAGGGGCAGAGGUGAACGCCUUGGAUGGCUACAAUCGCACAGCGCUGCACUAUGCAGCGGAGAAGGACGAGGGCUGCGUGGAGCUGCUGCUGGAGUAUGGUGCGCAGCCUGACGCCCUGGAUGGCAACAAGGACACCCCGCUGCACUGGGCGGCUUUCAAGGACAACCCCGAGUGCGUGCGGGCGCUGCUGGAGAGCGGUGCCUGCCCCAAUGCGCGGGACUACAACAGUGACACCCCACUCAGCUGGGCUGCCAUGAAGGGCAAUCUGGAGAGUGUGCGCGUGCUGCUGGACUAUGGCGCCCAGGUUCAUGUCACCAACCUGAAGGGGCAGACGCCCAUCUCUCGGCUGGCGGCGCUGUUGGCACGCGGCCUGGGCACAGAGCAGGAGGAGGAGUGCCUGGAGCUGCUGUGCCGUGCCGCGGGCAGGCUGGACAUCCAGCGACCCGACGGAUCUCUGCCACGUGAGCUCAGCCGGGACCCGCAGUUGCUGGCGCGCCUGAGCGCCAUAGCCACCCAGCCACCCUCGCUGCGCUCGCUGGCACGCUGUGCUGUUCGCUACAGCCUAGGCGUCCAGUUCCUGCCCAGCGCCGUCAAGGAGUUGCCACUGCCUGAGUCAGUGCAGGAGUACCUGCUGCUUAAGCACUGAAGGAGGGGAGGAGAAGAGAUGAGUGGAUGUGGUCUAUGAGGAAAGCAGACGGUGUGUGUGUGUGUGUGUGUGUGUACAUACGCAAAUUUUGGUACAUUAUUUUCCAUUUACAUCCACCUGUGUCUGAGUGUGACUAGAACAAUUGCCGAGGUUGCGUGUAUGUGUAUACGCACGUUGUCUCUUUAUUCCUGCCUCCCCCCAUCCUCCUUCAUGUCAGCUGACCUCAGGACAGUGGUCUAAGGAGAAAUCAUUCAUUCAUCUCAUGGAUAAGUGUAUUACAAGGAACCUGGGUCAGCAUAGUUGACUACAAAAAACUACAGGCAGUCAUAUCUGUGAGAAUAUGGCAUUUAUCCAUUGAAAUGCAGCCUGUAAGACAAAUAUUGCUCAUGCUGCAUGAAAAGUAAAGGCUUGCAUCUGCUUGUAAAGUAUGUGUGAAAAUAUUGAUUAAAGAUGUAAUAUAAUGCUUAAGCUGCAUGUGUUUAUGGUGCAAGAUGGGCAAAUAUCCCUUUGGCUUUUAAGUUUGAUAAGUAAUCUUAAAAUUCUAUUGUAUACCCUGUUAAAUGAGCAUAUAAUUUAAAAAGGUUUAUUUCAACAGAGAAAAAGAUGUUUUAUGUUUUGAAGUGGUUUUGUAUCUAUAUCAGUCUAUUUGAGAGCAUAGGCCCGAAGACCUGUGACACAGUUAAUGUGAGAAUACACUCAGUAUGAUAAUCACUUAAAGUAAACAUGACCUAGAUGCACUUGGAGAGAGGGUUGAACUCUUGAAGUCAUCAGUAUUUUCAAAGGGGCGCAGUGGUCUUUUCUGUAAUACUUUGGAUAUUAAAUGGAAAAAUGUGGAAUGAAAACAGAGCAGAUGAGAGAACUUCACAUAGUGCUUGGUAAUAUAUUUUCCAUGGAAUAUUGUAAAAAGAGGAACAAUUGCAUAAUUUUUAUUGCCACAUCUCAUAGUUGUAGAGUGUACUUCAAAGACACGGGGCAAAAGACAAAUGUAUUUCUUGUGUGCUGUUGGUGUUUGUGUUUUACAAGUAGCCUGUGUUUUGGUUGAGCAUACCAAUAAUACUGGCUCUUUUUUCUGAUUGUACAUACCUAAAGUAAUAAAGUGAAAUCAUCCU